CCGAGACAACGCUGUCCUCCCGCUUCCGAGCUCAUCGCGAAUCCAGAUUCCGACCGGAUCUGGCUCUGCAGCCGCGCUGCGCCACCUGCCGGUGAUGAGUCGCGUCUCCUUCCUCCCCAGUGUCACGUGACCGCGGCGGCGAGCAGCUGCGCGCCUCCUCCUCCUGCUCUUCAUCGUUAUCAUCCUCAUCAUCACCACCACAAACACCGCAGCGACCGGAACCACCGAACCACCGGGACUUCGCCGAGGAUUCGCGGACCGGGCGCCAUGGCGGGCCCGCGCUAACGCAUCCGCGCUCUUUGUUCUCCCUCGAUCCGCGCCAUCCACGCAGGCGACAGCGCGGCGGCCGCUCCUUUCUACCGCAGCGGGGCUGAUGGCGGACCGGGAGGCGUCGCCGAUCCCGCUGGAGAUCCGAGCCCGGCUGGCGGAGCUGGAGCUGGAGCUGUCCGAGGGCGACAUCACUCAGAAGGGUUAUGAGAAGAAGAGGUCCAAGCUGAUCAGGGCAUAUGUUCCUCACGCUGGAGGAAUGGAAGGUCCCAUGUCUCACCGGGUCCCACUGGCUCCACCGGCUGCAGCUCGCUUCCACCGCAGGAGGACGUCCGGCACCAGAGACGAGCGCUACCGCUCAGACGUCCACACGGAGGCGGUGCAGGCGGUGCUGGCCCGGCACGUGGAGCGCAAGGUGGCUGUGCCCAUGCCGUCCAAGCGCCGCUCGCUGGUGGUGCAGACGUCCAUGGACGCGUACACCCCGCCAGGCCUGUCGCCCCUGUGCUCAGACUCGUCGUCAGGCUCAGAGGAGGAGGCGGGGCUGGGCGACGACAUGUCCACCGUGGAGCACUGGAUGAGCCGGCCCUCGCAGCUCGGCCCCGCCCACCUGGGCUCCACCUCCUCCUCGUCCUCGUCCACGCAGAGCGGCGGCAGCGGCAACGCCGGGCGGCUGGCCGACUCGCUGGCGCACACCCACCUGUCGCACCUGUCGCACCUGGCUCACUCGCACCUGUCGCAGUCGCACCACGGUAUCGGCCACCUCUCUCUGAAGAGGAAGGGCGCGCUCAGCGUGGCGGAGAACGGCGGCUCGCUGCGACGCUCCUGCGAGUUCGGCUCCGACAUGCUGUGGCCCCCCCUGCUGGAGUCCGACGGUACGGCCUGGUGCUCGCCACUCACAGAGAACCACUCGGCCCCCCCAGAUGUGACCGGCUACUCCUCAGACUCGCCCCACUCCCACACGGAGCGCCACCACAUGGCCAACAUGGGGACCAUCGCCAGGAACACGCAGAAGUACGGCAACGCCGAGCGCAUGGAGACGGGCGACGGAGUUCCGGUCAGCAGCCGCGUGUCGGCCAAGAUCCAGCAGCUGGUCAACACUCUGAAGCAGCCGCGCCGACCUCCGCUCCGCGAGUUCUUUGUCGAUGACUUCGACGAGCUUCUGGAAGUCCAACAGCCCGACCCGAACCAGCCACGUCCAGAGGGAGCAGAGAUGCUGACGGUGCGCGGCGAGCCGCUGGGCGUGGUCACCAACUGGCCUCCCUCCCUGGAGGCGGCGCUGCAGCGCUGGGGGACCAUCAGCCCCAAGGCGCCGUGCCUGACCAGCCUGGACACGGCGGGGAAGCCGCUCUACGUGCUCACCUACGGGAAGCUGUGGUCUCGCAGCAUCAAACUGGCCUACAACAUCCUCCACAAGCUGGGCAGCAAGCAGGAGCCCAUGGUGCGACCGGGAGACCGGGUGGCGCUGGUGUUCCCCAACAACGACCCUGUGGCCUUCAUGGUCGCCUUCUAUGGCUGCCUGCUGGCUGAGGUGGUUCCGGUCCCCAUCGAGGUGCCGCUCAGUCGGAAGGACGCCGGCAGUCAGCAGAUCGGCUUCCUGCUGGGCAGCUGCGGCGUCACCGUGGCUCUGACCAGCGACGCCUGUCACAAGGGGCUGCCCAAGAGCGCCACCGGGGAGAUCCCGCAGUUCAAAGGUUGGCCCAAGUUGCUGUGGUUCGUCACCGAGUCCAAGCAUCUGUCCAAACCUCCCCGGGACUGGUUCCCUCACAUCAAGGACGCCAACAACGACACGGCGUACAUCGAGUACAAGACCUGUAAAGACGGAAGUGUUCUGGGCGUCACGGUGACCCGGAUGGCCCUGCUGACCCACAGCCAGAGUCUGACCCAGUCGUGCUGCUACACCGAAGCGGAGACCAUCGUCAACGUCCUGGACUUCAAGAAGGACGUGGGCUUGUGGCACGGCAUCCUGACGAGCGUGAUGAACAUGAUGCACGUGAUCAGCGUGCCCUACUCGCUGAUGAAGGUCAACCCGCUGUCCUGGAUCCAGAAGGUCUGCCAGUACAAAGCCAAGGUGGCCUGCGUCAAGUCCCGGGACAUGCACUGGGCUCUGGUGGCCCACAAGGACCAGAAGGACAUCAACCUGAGCUCCCUGAGGAUGCUGCUGGUGGCUGAUGGUUCCAAUCCCUGGUCCAUCUCCUCCUGCGAUGCCUUCCUCAACGUGUUCCAGACCAAAGGGCUGCGAGCGGAGGUCAUCUGCCCGUGUGCCAGCUCGCCGGAGGCUCUGACCGUGGCCAUCCGCAGGCCGGUGGAGGACAGCAGCCAGCCUCCGGGCCGCGGCGUCCUGUCCAUGCAGGGUCUGAGCUACGGCGUGGUGCGGGUGGACACGGAGGAGCGGCUGUCGGUGCUGACGGUGCAGGACGUGGGAACCGUGACGCCGGGAGGUCUGGUGUGUGUGGUGAAGCCGGAGGGCGUCCCGCAGCUGUGUCAGACGGACGAGAUCGGGGAGCUGUGCGUCUGCUCGCUGGCCAGCGGCACCUCCUACUACGGCCUCACCGGGAUGACCAAGAACACCUUUGAGGUGUACCCCGUGAGCUCCGGCGGCGGCCUGGUCAGCGAGUACGCCUUCGUCCGGACGGGCCUGCUGGGCUUCAUCGGGCCGGGUGGACUCAUCUUCAUAACCGGCAAGAUGGACGGACUCAUCAUGGUCAGCGGUCGCCGGCACAACGCCGACGAUGUCGUGGCCACGGCGCUGGCUGUGGAGCCCAUGAAGUUCGUCUACAGAGGGAGAAUCGCCGUCUUCUCAGUGACGGUGCUGAGGGACGAGAGGAUCGUGGUGGUGGCCGAGCAGCGGCCCGACUCCACGGAGGAGGACAGCUUCCAGUGGAUGAGCCGAGUCCUGCAGGCCAUCGACAGCAUCCACGGGGUGGGCGUCUUCUGUCUGGCCCUGGUCCCGGCCAACACCCUGCCCAAGACGCCGCUGGGAGGGAUCCACCUGUCUGAGAUCAAGCAGCUGUACCUGGAGGGCGGUCUGCACCCCUGUAACGUCCUCAUGUGCCCCCACACCUGCGUCACCAACCUGCCCAAGCCUCGGCAGAAGCAGCCAGAGAUCGGACCCGCCUCCGUCAUGGUCGGGAACCUGGUGUCAGGAAAGAGGAUCGCUCAGGCCAGCGGCCGAGACCUGGGUCAGACGGACGACAACGACCAGUUCCUCUUCCUGUCGGAGGUCCUGCAGUGGAGGGCCCAGACCACGCCGGACCACGUGCUCUACACCCUGCUGAGCUCCAGGGGGGCGGUGUCCAGCUCGCUGACCUGCCUGCAGCUGCACAAGCGGGCGGAGCGCGUGGCGGCCAUGCUGCUGGAGCGGGCCGGCCUGCAGGAGGGAGACCACGUGGCCCUGGUCUACCCGCCGGGUAUCGACCUGAUCGCCGCCUUCUACGGCAGCCUGUACGCCGGCUGCGUCCCCAUCACGGUGCGGCCGCCGCACCCUCAGAACAUCUCCACCACGCUGCCCACCGUCAAGAUGAUCGUGGAGGUCAGCCACUCGGCCUGCGUCAUGACCACCGCCCUCAUCUGCAAGCUGCUGCGCUCCAAAGAGGCCACGGCCACCGUCGACAUCCGCAACUGGCCGCCGGUCCUGGACACGGACGACCUGCCCAAGAAGAAGCCGCCGGCGCUGCACAAGCCCAGCAACCCGGACGGCCUGGCCUACCUGGACUUCAGCGUGUCCACCACGGGGAUGCUGGCCGGGGUUCAGAUGUCCCACAAUGCCGUGGGAGCCUUCUGUCGCUCCGUCAAGCUGCAGUGCGAGCUGUACCCGUCCAGAGAGGUGGCCAUCUGCCUGGACCCCUACUGCGGCCUGGGCUUCGUCCUCUGGUGCCUCUGCAGCGUGUACUCGGGCCACCAGUCGGUCCUGAUCCCGCCGGUGGAGCUGGAGAGCAACCCGGCGCUGUGGCUUCUGGCCGUCAGCCAGCUGCGAGUGCGCGACACCUUCUGCUCCUACAGCGUCAUGGAGCUGUGCACCAAAGGACUGGGACUGCAGACGGAGGCUCUGAAGGCUCGUGGUCUGGACCUGUCCCGGGUCCGCGCCUGCGUGGUGGUGGCGGAGGAGCGGCCGCGCAUGUCGCUCACGCAUUCCUUCUCCAAGCUCUUCAAAGACCUGGGACUCCACCCGCGCUCGGUCAGCACCGCCUUCGGCUGCCGGGUCAACCUGGCCAUCUGCCUGCAGGGAACCUCUGGUCCAGAUCCCACCACCGUCUACGUGGACAUGAGGGCGCUGCGGCACGACAGGGUCCGGCUGGUGGAGCGAGGAUCUCCUCACAGUCUUCCGCUGAUGGAGUCUGGAAAAAUCCUGCCCGGCGUCCGCAUCAUCAUCGCCAACCCGGAGACCAAGGGCCCGCUGGGGGACUCGCACCUGGGAGAGAUCUGGGUCCACAGCGCGCACAACGGCAGCGGCUACUACAGCGGUUACGGCGAGGAGGUCCUGCAGUCGGACCACUUCAACUCCAGGCUCAGCUUCGGGGACACGCAGACGCUCUGGGCUAGAACCGGCUACCUGGGCUUCCUGCGGCGGACCGAGCUGACGGACGCCAACGGAGAGAGACACGACGCGCUGUUCGUGGUGGGUGCGCUGGAGGAGGCCAUGGAGCUGCGGGGCAUGAGGUACCACCCCAUCGACAUCGAGACCUCGGUGAUCCGAGCGCACAAGAGCAUCAUGGAGUGCGCCGUCUUCCCCUGGACCAACCUGCUGGUGGUGGUGGUGGAGCUGGAGGGCUCGGAGCAGGAGGCGCUGGACCUGGUUCCCAUGGUGACCAAGGCGGUGCUGGAGGAGCACUACCUGAUCGUGGGUGUGGUGGUGGUCACCGACAUCGGCGUCAUCCCCAUCAACUCCCGCGGCGAGAAGCAGCGCAUGCACCUGCGGGACGGUUUCCUCCAAGACCAGCUGGACCCCAUCUACGUGGCCUACAACAUGUAGCCUGAGCGCGCGCCGCUGCGGCUCCGCGUCCCUCCUGUGGUCUCCGCUCGUCUCUCUCUUCACGUGGUGUCGUGCCGCUCCAUCAGCUGGUCGACUCCUCGCCCCAAACUCCUGUAAACACUAUAAAUACUGUACAUAAACAUAAUCUAUAUGAGAGGAGGCGCCGCGGCGAGGUGGUCGCCCCCAUAUGCAGCUUUCUGCAGCCAGCGCGCGCGCGCGUCGUCGGCUGGGUUGACGGGCCGACUCCCUGCCGCAACCCUUCAAACGAGUCCUUCCACCGUCCCAGCAAACCGGAGACCAAAUCGGAGCACAAAGUUGCAGUGACUGUGAAUAUCAGAUGCUUAUUAUAUCAGAGUUUAUUGGGGCGCUUGCAGGGAGCCGUGGCGCCGCGUCAGAGAGUUUACGUAGCAAUAAGAGGCGGAAAUGUUCCCGCGGCGGAGUGGAAGCAGAGUUUCCAACUGUCAAUCAAGCGGAGAGGUUGUAGCCGGCUCCCCCCCUCACCCCCCUCCACCCCCCAUAUCAGCUCACCGUGCUGCAGUCAUCCUUCCGGGUCCGACGCCACGUGUCGUCGUGUGUAAAUAGUGUUGAUUUUGUACGGUACAAGUGUGUGAUGUUUUGUACACAUGACAAAAGAAGAGAUGACACUUUUAUAAAGACGGCGACGUCACGGUUACAGUGCAAUAAAACCGCUCUGAUUGGC